AUGGCAGACAAAACGGCCGCAGACUACUUUGUGCAUUCCUUGCCAGGAGCGCCUGAGCCAUUACUGAAGAUGCAUGCUGGACAUAUCGAGAUUACCCCCGAACACAACGGCAACGUCUUUUUCUGGCUCUAUCAGAAUAGACACAUAGCGAAUAAGCAACGGCUUGUAAUCUGGUUGAAUGGUGGGCCAGGCUGCAGUUCAGAAGAUGGAGCCUUAAUGGAAAUUGGGCCGUACAGAGUUGCAGAUUCGAAAGGACCUAAGUUGGAGUACAAUCCGGGUUCGUGGGACGAAUUUGCGAAUGUUAUGUUCGUUGAUAAUCCUGUGGGCACUGGGUUCAGUUUUGUGGAUACAGACAGCUAUGUGCAUGAAUUGCCAGAGAUGGCAAAUCAGUUUGUACAGUUUUUGGAGAAGUGGUUUGCACUGUUCCCAGAAUAUGAGCACGAUGAUAUUUACAUUGCUGGAGAAUCCUACGCUGGACAACACAUUCCCUACAUCACUAAAGCAAUCUUGGAUCGUAACAAAGCUGGUGCGAAACAUCAAUGGAACAUGAAGGGCAUGGUUAUCGGAAACGGAUGGAUUGCACCCAAGGAACAGUACAAAGCCUACCUAUCUUUUGCAUAUGAACGAGGACUGGUGGACCGCGAUUCGGAUAUCGGCAAGAGACUCGAUUCGCAGGAAGCUGUAUGCCUCAAGGCUCUCAAUGAGCCUGGUGCGAGUGACCGAGUCGAUAUCCCGGUCUGCGAACAAGUCUUGCAAGACAUCCUCCACGAAACCAUGGUAACCAAAGGUGAUGGGUCUACCGAGUGCUAUAACAUGUACGAUGUUAGGCUGAAGGAUUCUUACCCAAGCUGUGGAAUGAACUGGCCCUCGGACUUGGAUAACGUAACUCCAUACCUUCGUCGAAAGGAUGUCACCGAAGCUCUUCACAUCGAUCCUGGAAAACGGACAGGGUGGACGGAGUGUAAUGGUGGAGUUGGAAGCGCCUUCCGAGCCAAAAACUCCAAGCCUUCCAUUCAGUUCUUGCCAGAACUCCUGAAGGAAGUUCCAACAGUUCUUUUCUCUGGCGCUGAAGAUCUUAUCUGCAACCACAUUGGAACAGAAGAGUUGAUCAGUAACAUGGAAUGGAAUGGCGGAAAAGGCUUCGAACUAUCCCCCGGUACAUGGGCACCAAGGAGAGAUUGGACCUUCGAAGGCCAGAACGCUGGUUUCUGGCAGGAAGCUAGAAACCUCUCCUAUGUCUUGUUCUAUAACUCCUCUCAUAUGGUUCCCUUCGACUAUGCCAGACGUACCCGGGACAUGCUUGAUCGCUUCAUGGGCGUUGACAUCUCCAGCAUUGGAGGCGUUCCCACAGACAGUCGCAUCGACGGGGAGAAGGGUCUCGAGACAUCCGUCGGGGGCCACCCCAACAGCACUACUGCCGAAGCAGCAGAAGAAGAAAGACUGCAAGCCGCCAAAUGGCACGCCUACUACAAGUCCGGUGAGAUCGUCCUCGUCAUCGUCAUCAUCGCUGCCGGGGCUUGGGGAUACUACGUCUGGAAGGACCGUCGCAAGCGUGCUGGCUACAAGGGCAUUUUCGGAGCCGAGCCAAUGUCUUUGGGCGGUGCGCGAGAAAGUGUUAGGGGAAGUGGCAUGGGUCUGGAAAGCUUCAGACAUAAGAGGGGCAACAGAGAUGUUGAGGCUGCUGAUUUCGACGAGAGCGAGUUGGACGAGCUGCAUGUCCGGACACCUACUGAGGAUAUGGAUCGGGACCGGUAUAGCGUUGGCAGUGCGAGCGAUGACGAGGAAGGGACGCAUGGAAAUGGCCAUGCGAAUGGCAAGGGGAAGAUAGGUGAGAAGAGAUAA